GAUUUCAGGAGUACAGAAUUUGGCCCUGGACCGUUAAGCUGCCGUGAACUGAACCAAAGCGCGGGGACCAGGGAGGGGGACUAAAGGGGCAACGUUUCCCUACGAAAUGUUGAUGAUCUCCCCCCCACCCUGCGCGCUUUUUCGUGCGCCGAGGCGUUUCUGCAGCCGUUAAAACCUGAGCCCCUGCUUGGCCAGCAUCCGUAUGCAGCAGCUGGACCCUCCAGAACCGCCGGACAUCGCGAGAGACCUCGGAUCAGGCCCCCGCACUCGCUUGCAGGCGCUCCUUGCGGGUUGGCUGCCCUUCCACCACCGCCCCCUGUGUGCGGCGGCUUUCGACAUGCCCCCCCCCCACCUCCGCCGCAUCCCUAACUUGAACCUGGUCCGCAGAAGGGCAAGCUGGGGGAGGGGGGCUCCGGCACCUGCGCUCCGGCGCAGCCCAGCGGUCGGGGGGCGGGACGAGGCUAGGAGAGGCGGGGCGCCCUGCCCUCCCGGCCGUCCCGCCGCUCCUCCUGCCCGGCCGGGCUCCCAGCGCCGCAGUCCUGCACCGCAGUGGCCACCGCAGCGCCAGGGCCGCUCUCCCGGGGGCGCGCGGGCUGCUUCUCCGCGCCGAAGCUGUGAACUUGGGAAAAGACCAUUGCUUAAGCUUUCCCUCCCUCUAACCCCAGCUUCCAGCCUCCCCCCACGCAGGACCAGGAUGGCCGACUGCCGAGACCUCUUGCUCUGCGCUGCCUUGGCCCAGCUGGUGUCUCUGGGGACAUCCUUCCACUUUGUCAGGGAAAGCACAGAUGACCUCAAAGCUCUCCGGGUCUCAAUUGCCAAGUAUCCGCCCGUGCGGGCUGUCCUGUCUGGCAGCCUCACCAUCCCCUGCCACAUCACCUACCUGCGGCCGCUGCCCACUGCUGAAACGGCCAGUCGCCAUGGGGUUCGGGGCACCCUCCGAGUAAAAUGGACUUUCCUUGCCGAUGGCAAAGAGACCGAGAUCCUGGUGGCCCGGGGCCUGAAGGUCAAAGUCAGCGAAAUGUACCGCGACCGAGUCUUCCUGCCCUUCUAUCCUGACUCGCCCACGGAUGCCACCCUGGUCCUGAGUGAGCUGCGCUCCAACGACUCUGGACUGUAUCGCUGUGAUGCUCAACACGGGAUUGAGGACGGGCAGGAUUUCCUGGAGGUGAAGGUGAAGGGGGUCGUCUUCCAUUACCGAGGAGGGUCUUCCCGCUACGCCUACACCUUUCCCCAGGCCCAGGCUGCCUGCGCCCGGAUCGGGGCGGCCAUCGCCACCCCCGAGCAGCUCCACGCCGCUUACCGCAGCGGCUACGAGCAGUGCGACGCCGGCUGGCUGGCGGACCAGACCGUCAGGUACCCUAUCCAUACCCCUCGCGAAGCCUGCUAUGGAGACAUGAACGGCUUUCCGGGAAUCCGCAAUUAUGGCGUAGUCGAUCCAGAUGACACGUACGACGUCUACUGCUACGCUGAAGAACUUUAUGGGGACCUGUUUGUGGUGAAUUCCCUGAGGAAAUUCACCUGGGAGGAGGCCAAAGCCGAGUGUGAAGCUCUGGGGGUGGAAAUGGCCACAACCGGCCAGCUCUAUGCGGCCUGGAACCAAGGGCUGGACCACUGCAACCCAGGCUGGCUGGCAGACGGCAGCGUGCGCUACCCGAUUGUGACGCCCCGCGAGAAGUGCGGAGGGAACAUGCCUGGAGUCAAAACCCUCUUCCUCUUCCGCAAUCAGACGGGAUUCCCAGAUCCCCAGAACAAGUUCGAUGUGUUCUGCUUCAAAGAGGAGACCAGCCCCUCCCUGGAAUCUCCCGUCCCUGAGGCAGAGAGCAGCAAGGAGAUCACAACGGUGACUCAGAAGAUGGAGGAGCUACAGCUGUCCAAGAGAGAGCCUGAGGGGGCCAAGGAAUCUAGGGGCGCCAUUUACUCUGUGCCCCUCUUCCUGGACCCCCUUGGGGUGCCAGAGGAGCCAAUCAAAGCCUUUGACGAGGCAGCCACCACAGAGCCUGGGGAGGCUGGCCCAGGCGGUUGUGACAGGCAGAGCGGAGGAGAAGAAGGGGAGGAAAGAAGCGGCAGCUGUGCCAGGCGCCAUGAGCCUGAGCGAGACCUGGUGGAGCCCAGCCUGGAGGAGGAGCCCAGCACCCAGGAGGCCCACGUCCUGGACCAAAGGCAACAGAGGGAGGAAGGCGAGCCAGAGAUUUUGGAAGCAGCUCCCCAGGAAGGGGAGGCUGAGGAUGGAGAGGCAGUGAGGAGCCAGCCCAGGGACGAGAAGGAGCCCCAUGGUGUCCAUAGCCCUGUGGAGCCCUCCCCAGAGACUGCAGCCAGCUUCUCUGACAGCCCAGAGGGGCAGACAGUGGGCAAAGUCCACGAAGGUCCCACUGUGUCUCCCUCAGAGACAGGCACCGAAAGGACCCAGGGUGCCAGCCACACUUCCAGUCCACUCGAAGAAGCUGGCGUAGGAACUUCUUCUGCCAGGCGAGUCGAAAGCAGCCCCAUUUCUGGGCCGGCAGGCACUCGCCGCGCUGGUCCUCCCCGAGAGGCAGGAGCUGUGCCUCCAGGGACAGCCGCUUUCCCAGUGACCCCCUGGGUUCCCAUGCUGCUCCCGUCCCUGAGCAUGACACCAGCCGGCUCAUCUGAAGAGAGUGGGGACCACUCGGGUUCCUCCUGGCCACCACCAGCCUGGGUCUCCCCGGUCGCCAUCUCCAGUCCUCCGGACGAGGCUGCGGCUGCCUCAAAGGCUUUUUCUGGCCUUGGAGAGGAGCUUGAUGCGGCCAAGGAGGAGCCCUGGGCAUUGGAGGAGGAGCAGGGACCGGAUCUGAGGACAAUGGUGCCAGCUGCAGACAAAGAAGGGCACCCAGAGACUGUCCCCUCUGGAGGCCCUUUGGGCUUGGACUUCUUCAGCACCCCAUUCCUGGAGGCCUCCUUGACUACUACCCACUCUCGGCCAAUUCUGCCCACUGAAAGUGCCAGCCUUGGAGCAUCUGGCAGCGUGUCAGACACCUGCAUGCCAAACCCCUGUAGGAAUGGAGGGACUUGCACAGAAGAAAGUGGCCGCCCAGGCUGCCUCUGUCUGCCAGGAUACGAAGGGGACGCCUGCGAUGUCAGCCUAAGGAAGUGCCAGCCCGGCUGGGAUGCCUUCCAAGGAUUCUGCUACAAGCACUUUUCUGCCCGGAGGAGCUGGGAGGAUGCUGAGACUCGAUGCAGGGAACAUGGGGGGCACUUGGCCAACAUCAUGUCUCCAGAGGAGCAGAGCUUCAUCAACAAUCAGUACAAAGAAUACCAGUGGAUCGGCCUGAAUGACCGCACGAUCGAAGGGGAUUUCCAGUGGUCUGACGGGAGUCCUCUGCUGUACGAGAACUGGCACGAAGGGCAGCCUGACAGCCACUUCCUCUACGGGGAGAAUUGUGUAGGUCUGUCCUGGCGAAAGGAUGGGAAGUGGAGCGACGUCCCCUGUGGCUACCAUCUGCCCUUCACCUGCAAAAUGGGGCUGAUCUCUUGCAGCUCCCCUCCCAAAGUGGCCGAUGCACAGAUAUUUGGCAAAGCAAAGCAGCGUUACGAAGUCAAUUCCGUCCUCCGGUACUGGUGCCCAGAAGGUUUUAUUCAGCACCGCUGGCCCCUCAUUCGCUGCCAGGAGAACGGCCAGUGGCAGCAGCCACAAUUUGCCUGCAGCCCCCCGGAAUCCUAGAGGCUGGCUGCCUCUGCCCAAGUGCCCUGGGGAACUUUGGGCAGCUGGGGACAUCUCUGGACGGGAUGGAGCCCUGGGUGCCAGAGCAGGGUGGGCCAGGGGCGUUGGGGGAAGGGGCUCCUCAUUGCCAUGGGAACUGAGAGGUUCUUGAAGUACAAAGUAGGGGAGGGCUUCCUUGGGCAGCAGGAAGGGAGGGGCAACCCUCUUUCUACUGAGAACAUGAGAAAGGGGAACAUGUAUGUCAAGGGGAGCUUUGCUCGCCUCUUCCUCAUUCUCCUGCUAUUAGUGAUGUGCCCACUCCCCCCCCCAAAAAAAACACAGGACAAACUAAAAGAGGCUUUUAAGAUUCGUGAUCUAGUACAGACGGAGGAGAAUGUGGUGCCUUUUGCUCUUACUCAUUUUUUACAUUAUAUGUGUACAUACUAUAAAGAUAAUCUAAUAACUAAAUGGUUCUUUAAACAUACUUUUUAAAGGGUGUCCUUCUUUCUCCCACCCCACUUGGGGGCUGCCCUUCUCAACUUAUAGCUAACUAUUCGAACACACAACUCUCCCCAAGAGCCUUGCACUCCACCCCUCAAAUAGAGUGAGUGGUGGGGAGCAUCCGGCUUCUCUGGCUGCCCAUUGGGUGGGAUUCUAGUCUCUGGGAUGCCUCCCAUCCACCAGGCGGGGACUGGGGACUGGCUCAAGACCACCGGAUUCAUUCAUGGCCACUGAGUUGGGGGGAUUCCCUCUUCACCCUUUGCAAUCCACUGAAUGCUGGGUUUCUGAAUAUUUUGGCCAGUUAUCAAACUAUAGCCCUCGGGGCUCGGGCUAGAUAGCUUGUGGAUUAUAUUUAAUAAUUGUUCAUAUCUUGUUGCAUCACAGAAAACCUAUUUCAACAUAUUGUAUCCUUUAUCACAUUUGCAAACAAAAUGUCCAUAAAAAGUGUAAUGCGGAGGACAAAAUAACACAUUAAAAUAUUCCUAUUAUAUUUUUUUUAAUUAAAUAAUGUCAGUGAAACCAAGAA